UUUACCCAUUUACCGGCGUACUCGCCACUGCUCUCCAGCUAGCUAGCUCUAGCUCCUCCAACUUCCAAGUCCAAGCAAGGCUAAAUUUUCCAAAUAAUUGGAUUUUAUAUUUAAAAAGUCAUGUCAGGAGCUAUUAAAAAGAGUACAGGUCUAGUUGGUCUAGCUGUUGAAGCUAAUCCUCAUGAGAAACUCAGAAUUCUCUACACAAAGAUCUUGGGUGUUCUUCAAGUUAUACCCAAGGAUGCAUCCUAUAGACAAUCUACAGAACAGAUUGUGACUGACAAGUUAGACAUGGUCAAAGCUGAGCCAGGCCCAGAAAAGCUAGAGACAAAAAUCAAUUCUGGUCAAAUUGAAGAAGUGAUACGUCAGGCUGAGGCAGAAUUGUCUUUGGCACGAAAGAUGGUUGAAUGGAAACCAUGGGAACCAUUGACAGAUGAAGCGCCAUCAGGACAAUGGAAGUGGCCAUGAUUGUAGUCAGCAUCCAGACUGUAUAAAGAGAAUUGAAUUUGUAAUUGUGCUAUUACUUUAAAACUUAGGAUCUUUUAUUCAAUGACCCCUCUGCCUCCAGGAUGUUAUAACACAACUAAUACUCACAUGAAUGCAACAGAUAUAUUUGCUAUUAAUAGAAAACGAAAGAUUGCUUUGGUUUCACACCUUUUAAUGAUGCUAGGUUAGUCAUGUCAGUUUUCUGAAACACAGUUGACUUGAGUCAUAGUUUUCAACAAACAUGUAGACAUUCAUACAUGGAUAUGUACGAUGUAUACAAGGCUGAGGUAUCUAUUACAAUAACAAAAAUAAUUUCAAACACCUGCAGUGCAAAUAAUAAUCCUUGUGAAAUAAUUUAUGGUACACAGAUAAAAAGCUCAUGAAAUUACGGAAUUCACAAACAUUUUGGAGUAAGCAAAACAAAAUUGAGCACAAGCCAAAUUUUCAUGUCAGUUUCUUCAGACUGUUAACACUAUUUCCUCAAUUCUAAAUGCAUCUUAUAUUCUACAUUUUUGUGUUAUUUCUCUUUCCACAACAAUUUAUGGUAUAGUGUAUGCAGUUGAAAUGGGAAAACCAGGGUGAUGGGAAAUGUUUGUAAUGAUUUUACACAACUUAUGUACUAAAAGUUGUUUGUUUUCGCCCUUUUGUCUCUUUUCUUGACUUGAUUUCAUUUGGACCUUUGAAACUUUGACAUCAUUUUCUCUGUGAUGUGCAGUUAAAUUCUAUUUUUAUUUCUUUUAAAAGAUUACUUGCUAGGUCCUAAUUCCUAGACAUGUAUUGUUCUGUCAAAUAGUGUCACAAUAGCACAAGGAUUCAUACAAAAGAUACAGGAGGAACUAGAUGGAGGAUUCAUUGAUGUUGUACAUAACAGUUUCAUGACGGGUUGGAAUUGAUGUCUUUUUAAACUAUUGUUGUUAGAAAUGAACCAAAUGCAUAGAAUUUGGAUGUGCCAUUUUGAAUAAUAAAUUCAGUGCAUAGGAAGAAAAUGAACAUA